AUUUUGAGCAAACAUGCGUUCUCCCUGGCAUCCCUACGCCGUUUUGAUGGUGUUCCUUGCAGCUUGCACAUUGGCGCUAGUGGACCCUGAGAUGCGCACAACCCUUAGCUUGGAGGUGCGUACCUGCAGUUCCUGUGCUCUGCUGCAUCCCACUGACAGGGGCACAGGAUUUGCCCCGGGAGGACCAUCCAGCUCAGAAACCCUUUGCAGCUCCAGAUACAGUUGCUUCCUACGCCUUUGCAGAACACCAGCCUAUGCAGGCAGCAUCUGAAGCAGGU